CAUCCUCAAAGAGAAAUUGGAAAUUAUUUUUUGAACAAACAGUCUGAAGAGAUCGGCAUACAAAAUGCCGAAAACAUCCAAGACCGGCGUUGCGAAAACAACAUCCAUAGAAUCAAUGUCAACGAAAUCAUCAAAAGAUUCGCAACGAUCCACAUCCAAGGACAACAGAAUCGGUUAUCGAUGGUUUUGCAAGACCAUUUCGAAUUUGCUCGGAAUUUUCGAUACGAAAUAUGCUGAAGAUUUAAUCGACGAACAUUCGGAACAAAUUAAAGGAUUUUUCGAUGAUGAGUUCACACAGAAUGCCGACAUUGAUAAACAGAUACUGUUUCUCUGGCGGACGUACUACGACAAAAUGGUUGAGGAAACAAUUACCGUACUGGAGGAAGUCGAACCACCCGCACCUGUCGAAACACCAUCUGUGAAAAAGGGUAAAGGCAAAGGAAAAGGAAAAAAGUCCAAAGAAGCUGGAUCAGAAGCGGGUUCAAAGCCACCAACUCCAAGAGCUAAGGACGAAAAGAGUGGUAAAGGUGGUAAGGGUGGCAAGAAAGGAAGAGGAAAACCACCAGCCAAACCACCAUCACCUGUAUAUGUUGAAGUGAAAAAAAUUAUUCAAACGUACGUCAAAACUCCAAUCAUUCAUUGCCACUUUGGACCGAUGGCGCAAGAAGCAAUGAAUCCGAACAUAAACUACCUGUACAUCAUUAGGAAAUCCCAUUCUUCCAUAGAAUCAUUCAAUUCGUAUGAAGAAAGUGCGGCUGUUAUGCCACAAAGAUUGAUAUUCGGUACAAUCAAGGGAAACUUAAUUCACACGCUGAAAACGAUUGUGCAAGACAUUUUCCCCAUCGUAAUCGAUUCUCAAUUUCGUGAAGCGGAGACCGCACAGAACAAAACUCUGCUCGAUCGAGAUGAAAACGUUGAAAUGGACGAGACUGCCAUCAAGUCUAUCGACACAUCUAGGCCAUCAGAUUUCCGUUUCAAGGCGGUGACAUCAGAGAGGGCCUAUCAAGAAAUGAUUACUGAAAAGGUUGUCGAACCUGUACCGGUUAGAGAAGAAUCGAAAGUACCCGAAGACAUGGACUCCGAUGAAAGCAGGCCGAUGUCAGAAGAGCCAAAGGAAUUUUACGACAUCGAAGACGAUUUGAGUGAUGAUGUGGCUCAACAGGAAGAGCCUGAAGAAGCAGGAGUUUCUCCGCGAUGGUCAUGCCUUUUAUCGGAAAAGGAAAUUAAUGCUGAGAAGGGCAAACGAAGGACUCGUUACACAGACGUCAAGAAGGCACCGAUACGAGAAACCCUGGACAUUCAUUUAGAGAAAUUUUCCCGUUCUGUCGAAGGAACCAUGGAUAAAUCUGAGAAGACUUUCAAUUUACCAACGGGCUAUAACUUGCCCGGACAAGAGUACAUAUCCAACGAAGAGGACAAAGACAAAGUACAAAUCGAUUGCACAACAGCUAAUCCAGAUGACUAUACGCUGGAUGAAAUGGAAGAUGUGGUCAAGGGUUGGAUUCGACACAUUAGUAAAGUGCUGAAGACUGACAAGACCACAGAGUUAUGCGACGAAAGUCCGAUGACAGAGUAUGACAAGUGGAUGAGACAGGAAAGAGAGUACAAAAACAUUUUGGAUCAAUUAAAAAUUUCAUUUGUGCAAGCCGCUCUGAAUCGACUCGAAAGCGCCAAUUCAACUCUCGUUCCCGAAUGGAAACAGUGCAUUACGUCACUGGCAGCAGAGUAUGAAAUUUCGAAGGAAAACUCUCAGCAUUUAUCCUUGAUUAUCGAGUAUUUGAGGAAAAUACGUUACCAAGAUGAUUUCGCUUACAUUCAAUUACUCCUGCCCAAAUUGCUGGUUCGUCUGCGCUAUAUAUGGACCAUGUCCAAUUAUUAUUGCUACGACGAGCGAAUGGAAAGUCUGCUGUACAAAAUAUCCUUCCUAUUCACCGACAAAGUGAAAGAGAUAAUAAAAUUGAAUAAGAUUUUCGGUUACAAUGCCGCCGACGCGUACAAUUUGUCAAGCGGUUGCAAUAAAUUGUUGUUGACUUGGAAAUUAUCCUAUAUGCAUACGAGAGCGUUCAUUGAAAAUACAAAAGUUGGUUCCCGAUGGGAAUUCGAUCAGAAAGUUCUGUUCUCCGGUGUGGUUCAGUGUGCCCGUAUCAGCGAGGAUAUUGCCAACAUUUCGAAGAUUUUCGUUGAGUUUGAGAACAUCUUCGGUCCGUACCUCAAAUCCCUUGUAUCCGAUCCGGACGAAAUUGAUCAAAUGCUGAAAAAAAUUUACAAAUUGGUUGAUUACAUUGUGAAAAUUGAUUAUGACAUUUUCAAUCCGGGCAAUUUGGAAAAUUGGGAAAAUACGCUGGAAUUAUUCUACGAAAAAUUGACAAAAAUUGAAAAGGAAUCAAUGGCAUUGUUGGAUGAAUGCAUCAACAAUUUACGCAAAGCUGAACAGGGAAUGUCUCUCAUAAAAGACAUGGCUAGAAUGAACACCAGACCAUCGUUGGUACAUUUUAUGUCACUUAAGACGGACGAAGUUUUACGGAAAUUUGUAACCGAAAUCGGAACCAUCGAAAAUACAUUUCUGCAAUUUUGUAAGAGUCCACCAACACCGAGAAAUCGUCCGCCGUACAUCGGUUCCAUUGAAUUCACUCGCAACUUGUUCGAUGAAUUGGAGAAUUCGGUCAUUUCGUUUAAAAAAUUCGAUGAUGAUCCGGCCAUGCAAUGCAGUUUGGUGAGACGGUCCGCCUUCAAGGAAUGCUAUGAUUUGCAGAAUGUAAUGCUGGACUUUGAACGGAGUUCGUACCAGAACUUUUUGGACAAUGCUACGAAAGCAGUUGAGAGGAUAUUGCAGCAAAAUAUUUUGAUCGUGAAGAUUCAUGGAACGAAGCUGAAGGUCAAAUCAAAGAAGAUUGUGAGAUUGCCAUCCAUUGGGGAAGCGGAAACGGAGACGGAAGCGGCUAACGGCAAAAAGGUCACGGCAAAGGACAAUGAAAAGGAUCACCGAAAGACCAACAUUGCGAAAACAAAACAGAACAGUGACGAACUAGUUUCCGCCAGGACGGAAUUGGAACAUCAGGACUUGGCCGAUGCCAGAUUGUUUCUGGCAACCAACGAUAAAACGAACGUCACGAAAUACAAGCAAGCUAAGUUGUUGGUAGAGUGUCACGAUCAACAAAAUUUACCUACGUGGGAGGAGCUGAUUGGUGACUCUAUUCUAAUGGAUUUGAAUUUAGAUUUCGCCGUUAACUAUUCGUCUGAAUUCCAUGAUCUUAUCAUCGAGGCACAAGAGUUUCGAAACUUUGGCUUCAGUCUGAACCGUACUCUACGAAUGGCAAUCAUGCGUAAACGCGCAUUGUUUGACGAUGUCGAACAGUUAACUUUGAUGAUCAAAGCGUACAGGAGUGUUGUUAAGAUGCUUUUACCAGCAGAGAUCCAAAUACUCAAAGAGCACCUUUUCAAAACGGAAUCGAAAAUACAGGCUGGCCUGGGACGUUACACUUGGCAGUCCAUGAACAUCAGGCAAUUUUGUGAGAAAUGCCAACUGCAUAUCAAAUCAGUGAAUGCGAUGGUUUACCAGAUACGAAAUUUUGCGGUAGAAAUUCGUCGAAGUCUGAUGGAAGUCGAAAAAUUCUCCCUGUUUUCGCUGAACAAUUUCAACGAGACAGCAACGGAACCAAACGAAUUGACCGUUCUUCCGUGCAAAGAGUUCUAUCGCGAGUUAGAUUCCGUGCGUACCGUUAAAGUGGCCCGGAUGAAAAAGAUUUUCGAUUCGAUCGGACCGACUCUGAUCAAAUUGGAGAGCAUCAUACUGAACACGUACACGGGCGAAUCGAACAAAAUGAAACAGUCGUACGUGUUCUGGGAACGAGAAAUGUACAAUUCGCUAAUCAAGUUCACAACGUGCAAUCUGGAAAAUUUUAAGGCAGCGUUGCAGAGCGAAAGGGCGAUGUUUCAGGUGGAUGCUGUUUUAACAGCGCCUGAUAUUCAGUUGAAACCGACAGCAUCGGAAUGCCAUAACAUAAUCAUCUAUUCGGUUAAGGAUUUCUUGGAAAGAUUAAAACAUUUCUCUCGUUGGAUGAAUGGUACUUGCAAGCCAGUCUCUUCCGUGAAGGACGCAAUUGAAUUUUCUUUCUUCGAAGACGUCAUUCAGAUUUCCCAGAUCAGUGACAUCGUAUCCCAUUUACAUAAGUUGUCCAGAGGCCUCGUCACCGAUGCACAUAACUACUUAACGUCAUGGUACCGCUACAAAUACCUAUGGACACUGGACAAGAACACAACAUGCGAAAAAUUUGUUGCCCGAGAUCUACCACUGUCCAGAUUGAACGACAAUUUCAUUUUUUACGAACAAAUUGUGAGCGAUCUGCGACAUUCUAGCCAGUAUCAUGACCUGUGUUGCAUCCGAAUUAAUUUGAAGCCACUCUAUGAUAGCAUCUGCAGUCAUGCGUUUGAAUGGCGUGAUACAUUGGGACGAAUACUCACUGAUCGCAACAAUCUAAAUUUGUACAACCUGAAGGAACACAUUAAGGCGUUAAGACGAGAUCUCGAUCUCAACAUACAAGGUCUUGUCGACUUCAAAAUCGUCAUGUCAACCAUAGCUCUGAUCCAAGCCACUCGGCUGACGGUGGAAUUGCAAAUUCGUGAAAUGCAAGAAACGUACGCAAUGCUCGACGAACAUAAAAUAAAGUUCGACUACACGCAUACGAUCACAGCGUACGAUUUGGAGAAGCGUUGGAAGGAAUUGUACCAUUUAUCGUUGAAGCGGAACGUAGCGUUACAGCCAACGAAGCAGGAAUUCGCAGACAUGACUUGCGUGGAAAUUUCAACAUUUGCUAAUGAUCUGGCGAAUUUCUUGGAUAAAUUCAAAAACGAAGGUCCCGGAUCUGUCGGAGACGACUUGGAAAAGGGAAGCAAACUCAUGGAAGGAUAUGGACGUGAUAUUGAUUUCUUCGAAGAACAAAGAGUCUCGUUAGCCAAAGCGGAAAAAUUGUUCGACAUGCCAAUGUCGGAAUAUGCGGAAUUCGCUCAGUGUAAACAGGAUUACGAGGGAAUGAAACACGUGUACGCCCUGUACAAACAGCAGAAAAUUGCCGUCAACAAUUGGGGGAAGAUACUGUGGUCAUUCCUAAACCCGAACCAACUUAUCGAAGGCAUUGAGGUGUACAUGAAAGACUUCAAUAAGCUUGAGAAAGCGGUUCGUCAAUUGCCGGUCGGUAUAACCUUACGGAGGAAAAUGAAACAGUUCAAAGACUCUGUGCCCUUAAUGGUGAGCUUAAAGCACGAGGCUAUGCGGGAGAAGCACUGGGAAAAGCUUAUGGAGAAAACCGGAAAAUUCUUCAAUAUGCAAGCGGACACGUUCACCCUAGACAACAUGUUUUCGAUGGAACUGCACAAGUACCAGUCGAUUGCUGAAGAAAUCGUUAAUUAUGCGGUGAAGGAAUUUGCCAUCGAACGUGAUUUGCAGGAAAUCACCAAAGUUUGUGAAAGUUUCCGCUUUACCGUUACCAAACACUUUAGAGGCUCUGACCAGCGGGGAUUCAUAUUGGGAGCAGUUGAUGAAGUGACUGCAGCCAUAGAGGAUAACAUCAUGACCUUACAGUCAAUGGUGGCCUCUCAAUUUAUUGGACCUUUUCUUCAAGCUGUUCAGAAAUUAGAGCGAGCGUUGUCGUUGGGUAUAGAGAUAAUUGACGAAUGGUUGGCCACACAACGCAAAUGGUGCUAUCUGGAAGGGAUUUUCGUUGGUGGUGAUAUUCGGGCACAAUUACCGGACGAGGCACGGAAAUUUGACGACAUAGACAAAUCAUUUCAACGAAUCAUGAACGCGUGUGAAGCGAACACGAUGGUUCUGUCGAUGUGCGUCCCGGAGAGAUUAACCGAAUUUCAAAUGCUGAGCGCCGGAUUAGAAAAUUGUCAAAAAUCGUUGAAUGACUAUCUGGAUUCGAAGCGGCGCAUAUUCUCUAGAUUCUAUUUCAUUUCCACCGACGAACUGUUAUCGAUAUUGGGCAGCAGCAGUGCGGAUUGUGUUCAAGAGCAUAUGAUCAAAAUGUUCGACAACAUAAAAAGUCUGAAAUUCGUCGAAAGAAACGACGGUGAUGUUCUGGCCACAGCGAUGGUGGAUAGUGUCGGAGAAUUUAUGGACUUCCGUGAGCCUGUGAUCGCUGUCGGUCGGGUCGAAAAUUGGAUGAAUUCGAUAUUAGCCGAAAUGCGAAAAACCAAUCGUUACGUGACGAAAAAGGCGAUCUUUGAGUUUGGGAAGAUACGCGAACGUUCCCGAGUCGAUUGGAUUUUCGCCUACCAGGGCAUGGUUUGUCUGGCCGCUAAUGCUGUAUGGUGGACGGCUGAAGUGGAAGAGGUCUUCGCUAAAGUGGCAAAUGGCCAGAGAAGUGCAAUGAAAGACUUUUUGAAUCAACAGAAUAAGCAAAUCGAUGAUUUGGUCAUUACCGUACGAGCCGAUCUAAGCAGAAACGAUCGGCUGAAAUUCAAAACCGUCAUUACGAUCGACGUGCAUGCUCGUGAUAUAAUCGAACAAUUUGUGCGGGACAACGUACUGGAUUCGGAAGAAUUUGCUUGGGAGAGUCAGAUUCGAUUUUACUGGAUGAACAAAAUUGAUAAUCUGAUCGUUACUCAGUGCACCGGAAGUUUCGAUUAUGGCUACGAAUACAUGGGUCUAAAUGGACGACUCGUGAUAACACCAUUAACUGACAGAAUCUACCUAACUAUCACACAAGCUUUGACAAUGAAAUUGGGUGCUGCACCUUCGGGUCCAGCAGGUACUGGCAAAACGGAAACCACCAAAGAUUUGGCCAAAGCUUUAGCACUGUUGUGCAUCGUCACGAAUUGUGGCGAAGGCAUGGAUUACCGUGCAGUCGGAACAAUAUUUUCCGGAUUGGCUCAGUGCGGUGCGUGGGGUUGUUUUGACGAAUUCAAUCGCAUUGACAUUUCGGUGCUGAGUGUGAUAUCGACUCAGUUACAAAAUAUUCGAACCGCUUUGCUAAUGAAAGUCGACAAAUUCUUUUUUGAAGGCUCGGAAAUUUCAAUAGACUCAAAGGUUGGCAUUUUUAUAACAAUGAAUCCGGGAUACGCUGGCAGAACGGAACUGCCUGAAUCGGUGAAGGCGCUAUUUCGGCCGGUAACUUGUAUAGUGCCGGACAAAGAGUUGAUUUGCUUGAUAUCAUUGUUUUCGGAUGGAUUUUUAACGGCAAAGAUCCUGGCUAGAAAGAUGACAAUUUUGUACAAAUUAGCUCAAGAUCAGUUGUCGAAGCAAAACCACUAUGACUGGGGUCUACGCUCUCUAAAUGCUGUGCUAAGAAUGGCCGGAUUGAUGCAAAGAAAGAAUAAAGAUUUCACCGAAUCCGUUGUGCUAAUGAAAGUAUUGCGUGACAUGAACUAUCCGAAAUUCAUUUUCGAGGACGUUCCACUCUUCAUUGGAUUGUUGAAGGAUCUCUUUCCGGACAUCGAUUGUCCUACGGUAGGAAAUCCAGAAUUUACUGCUGCUGUUAAAGUUGUGUUAGAACGAGACGGAUAUGUUGGAAUGAGCGAUCAGGAAGAUAAAGUCCUUCAACUGUAUGAAACAAUGAUGACUCGACAUUGUACCAUGCUGGUCGGACCAACAGGUGGUGGAAAAUCGGUUGUACUUACAGCACUUAUAAACGCGCAGUGUCAUCUGGGACUACCAACAAAAUGUAUUUAUCUCAACCCGAAGGCAUGUUCGGUGAUUGAAUUAUAUGGUUAUUUGGACAUGGCCACAAGAGACUGGGUUGACGGAUUAUUUUCCAACAUAUUUCGUGAGAUGAAUCGACCAAUUGAACAAGAUGAACGUCGCUAUGUGUGUUUCGAUGGAGACGUUGAUGCCUUAUGGAUCGAAAAUAUGAAUUCUGUUAUGGACGAUAACAAGCUGCUAACCCUUGCAAACGGUGAACGAAUAAGACUUGAAAAUUAUUGCGCACUGCUGUUUGAGGUUGGCAAUCUCGUGUAUGCGUCACCAGCAACGGUGUCGCGUGCUGGCAUGGUUUAUGUGGAUCCCAAAAAUUUGGGAUACGAACCGUAUUGGAAACGAUGGAUUCGUACGCGCAAAACUGAUGAGGGGCAGACGUUGAAUUUGCUGUACGAAAAGUAUGUACCAGCCUGUAUGGAUUUUGUUCUUGAAGGUGUUGACGGUAACCUCCAGGGAAAUCCUCUGAAAUCCGUUAUUUAUCAGACAAACUUGAAUAUGCUGAGCCAGUUGUGUCACAUUUUUGAUGCUUCGCUACCAGUGCAAAAUGACGAUGAGCCAUACGAAAACGAUUUCCUGGAAUGCUGUUUCAUCGAGGCAAUUUAUUUGUCAUUGGGAGCGACAUUAAUUCGACGAGAUCUGCUUGUUUUCGAUGAAUUCAUUAAAAGACAAAGAGGUAUCAUGACCGUUGAAGACACCGCUGAUAAGCCAGCAAAUUCAUUUCAAACUCCAACUGCUAAGGAAUCUCUGGCUGACUAUUUUUUCGACAAAGAGAAAAAGUGUUGGAUUGCAUGGGAUUGGAUAGUUCCGCAAUACAUUCACGAUAGAUCAUGCAAAUUUAGCGAAAUUCUCGUUCCAACGGCGGACACAUUGAGGAAUCAAAAUAUACUGAAUAUGAUGAACAGAAUUCAUCGACCAGUGCUUUUGAUCGGCGAAAUAGGAACCGCUAAAACUGCUAUUAUGACGAGUUAUUUAAAGCAAUUGGAUGCGAACGUUUAUACGGUCUUAAAUCUAAAUUUUUCAUCUCGUACAUCCUCGAUGGACGUUCAACGAACCAUCGAAACUUCAGUGAAGAAGAGAUCGAAAAAUAUAUUCGGUCCGCCGAUUGGCAAGAAACUGGCAGUGUUCAUAGACGAUAUGAAUAUGCCGAUUGUCGAUACUUAUGGAACGCAACAACCGAUUGCUCUUUUAAAACUGCUUUUCGAACGUGGCGGAAUGUUUGGCCGAGAUAAAAGUCUUAAGUGGAUGGUAUUCGCAGAUUUGGAAUACUUUGCAGCAAUGGGUGUGGCUGGUGGUGGGCGUAACGAAGUUGACACGCGAUUUAUUUCGCAAUUUGCUGUCUUCGAUGUGCAUUUUCCGCACGAUAGUACCGUUCAGCAUAUCUACAGUUCCAUUCUUCGUGGUCAUGUGAAUGACUAUGAGCCAGAAAUUAGAGACGUUGCUGACACGCUGAUUCAAAUGACAUUGAAAUUGUUUAAGAUUGUGAUCGCAGAACUGCCACCGACACCAUCCAAAUUUCAUUACAUUUUCAAUUUGAAAGAUUUAUCGAGAAUUUGUGCGGGAAUGUUGUUGAUCGAUUCGAAAAUGUUCAAAUUACCCAGGCAGUUUGUUCGCGUGUGGCGCAAUGAAUUUACCAGAGUCAUUUGUGAUCGUCUGGUUGACGAUAAGGACCUACAUCUCGUUCGAAAUCACAUCGAAGGCGAAGUGAGAAGAGUAUUUCCUGCGCCAGAUAAAGUCGAGGUUAUUCAAUUAUUGGAUGAUGAUGAAAAUGAUGAAAUCACUCCCGAAGAACCGAUCUACGACUAUGCAUUACGCGAUCCGCUACUCUUCGGCGAUUACCGAAAUGCUGUAAACGAGUCUGAACCCAGAUUCUACGAGGAUUUGUUGGACUAUGAGGCGAUUCUGUUCCUGUUCCAAGAGAUCCUGGACGAAUACAACGAACGACAUUCGAAUAAAUUGAGUCUGGUUCUGUUUGAAGACUGCUUGGAGCAUCUGACUCGCGUGCAUCGAACAUUGCGAAUGCAUCGCGGGCAUGUGCUUCUUGUGGGCGUAGGUGGAUCGGGAAAGAAAUCAAUUACACGACUUGCUGCAUUCGCAGCACAAUGCGAAGUGUUCGAAAUUUCUCUGACUCGCGGUUACAAUUUGACGAAUUUCCGGGAAGAUUUGAAAAUUCUGUUCAAUAAAACCGGGGUCGAUGAUAAGAAAACCGCGUUCGUUUUGUCUGCGGCUCAGAUUGCCGACGAAGGUUUCCUGGAAUUGAUAAACAAAAUUUUGAGCAGUGGGGUCAUUUCGGCACUGUUUGCGGAUGACGAAAAGGAAGCCAUAAUCGGUUCUUGUCGCAGUAAAGCAGCGGCAGCCGGAUAUAAUCCUGCAAGGGACAGCGUUUGGUCAUACUUCCUAAACAAAUGCUCGGAAAAUUUACACAUCGUACUGUCCAUGUCCCCGUCCGGCGAAUCGUUACGCAAUCGUUGUCGAAACUUUCCCGGACUCGUCGGGAACACGUCAAUCGAUUGGAUAUUCCCGUGGCCCGAACAGGCUCUAUUUUCAGUGGCUACCAAAUAUUUGGGCGAACAUCCCAGCAUUUCGGAAUUGUACAAACAGGAUAUUGUCGAGCAUGUGGUCCACGUGCACAACAGUGUGCUCUAUUAUACGCAGGAGUAUUUGCAGAGCGUUCGACGCAAAAAUUUCGUAACUCCGAAGCACUAUUUGGAUUUCAUUGGCACGUACUUGCGGUUAAUAGCGGAAAAGAAUCUGUUCAUCACAUCACAAUGCAAUCGUCUUGCCGAGGGAAUUGGUAAGAUUGAAGAAGCCGCUGAACAGAUCGAACAGUUAAGCACUCUGGUGGAAGAGCAGCAAAGAGAUGUGAUAACAGCAGCCGAAAGUUGCGAGAAAAUGCUUGAAGGAAUUCAGAAAUCCACUGACAGGGCAACACGUAAAACCGAAGAGGCAUCCAAGAAACAAAUCGAAGUGGAACAAUCGAAAAAGAUCAUCACCAUUGAAAAGGUGGAGGCCGAAGAAGUAUUAAAGGAAGCGCUACCAGCUCUGGAGGCUGCCAGAACUGCACUAAAUAGGUUAGACAAAGGGGACAUAACUGAAAUUCGAAGUUUUGCAACGCCACCUGCAGCCGUUCAAACAAUAUGUGAAUGCAUUGUAAUCAUUAAGGGCUUGAAGGAGGUGUCAUGGGCAUCAGCCAAAUCUAUGAUGUCAGAAGGUGGUUUUUUGAAGGGAUUAACCGAAAUGAAUUGCGAUGCGAUCACACCAAAACAAGUGACGAAAUGCCGAAAUCAUAUGAAGACUAACAGUAAAUUGGAUGAAAUGAAAAGCAUUUCGAAAGCUGGUUACGGCCUAUACCAAUUUGUGCUAGCAGUGCUUGGAUAUUGCGAUGUAUACAAAGAGGUAAAGCCGAAGAAGGAACGUGUCGAGGCUCUUGAAUCCGAACUGGCCACCCAGAUGGAAAUGCUGCAGAGAUUCCAAACGGAAUUGGAUCAAUUAGCGAAAACGUUAAAUGAUCUGAACGAACGAUACGCAACGGCGAUGAAAGAAAAACAGGAAUUGCAAGAUCAACUGGAUGAGGCACAACGGCGAUUGCAAGCGGCUGACGCUUUGAUAAACGGUCUUAGCUCGGAGAAAGUCCGCUGGUCAGAAGAUCUGAUUCGUUUGCAUGACGGUAAAAAUAAGAUAAUUGGAACGUGCCUGGUGGCGGCCUCUUUCUUGGCCUAUACGUCUGCAUUUUCGUGGGAAUUCCGUACGAAAAUGGUAUUUGACGAUUGGCUUUCGAGUGUCGUCGAGAGAAAAAUUCCGAUUGCUCUACCGUUCCGAAUCGAAGAGACUCUGAGCAGCGAGGUGGAAACGAGCACUUGGAAUUCGGAAGGGCUACCGUUCGAUGAAGUCUCAAUACAAAAUGGAAUUUUGACCAUGCGAUCGUCGCGCUAUCCAUUGUGUAUUGAUCCACAACAACAGGCGCUGAUGUGGAUUAAGAAGCGUGAGGGGUCCAACUUAAAAGUCUUGUCCUUCUACGACAAAGACUAUUUGAAACAAUUGGAGAUGGCAAUCAUUUAUGGCUUCCCCGUUCUGUUCCAAGAUGUCGACGACUACAUUGAUCCAUCGAUCGACAAUGUGUUGGAGAAAAAUAUCCAAACUAAAUCCGGUCGAUCAUUCUUCAUAAUUGGCGACAAAGAGGUUGACCUCAACGAAAACUUCCGCAUGUAUUUGACCACAAAGCUUUCAAAUCCGAAUUUCGAUCCGGCUGCCUAUGCAAAGGCUACCGUAAUCAACUAUUCGGUCACACUGUCCGGCUUAGAAGAUCAACUUUUAAGCUUUGUCGUCAAAUACGAAAGACCGGACUUGGAAGAGCAACGAGAAAAUUUGAUAGUCGAGACCAGUUCGAACAAACAACUACUUCAGAAACUCGAAGACUCGUUGCUGCUGAAGCUCACUACAACAACCGGUAAUAUGCUCGACAAUACGGAACUGGUUGCAACGCUUUAUAAUACCAAAGAGAAAGCUGCCGAGGUGACUGAACGCAUUAACUUGGCCGAAGAAACAGCCAAAGAGAUCAAGGAACUUAGAGAGGGAUACCGUCCAACCGCCAGUUGUGGAGGAAAUCUAUUUUUUGUUAUAUCGGACAUGGCAGCUGUAGACUCCAUGUAUCAAUCGUCGUUGAACUCAUAUCUGACCGUUUUUACGUCAUCACUGAGGAAAGCUGUUCCGAAUGUGAUACUACAGCGACGAUUGACGAACAUCAUAAAUACCCUGACCGCCAAUGUGUACGAAUACGGAUGCACUGGAAUAUUCGAGAGACACAAGGUGCUGUUCUCUCUCCACAUGACCACAAAAUUGGAGUUAAGUGCAAAACGAUUAACGCAAAAGGAAUUGGAAUUCUUCCUAAAAGGUUCAGUGUCAUUGGAAGCCGCUGAUGAAGAAUGUCCAGUCGGUUGGAUGUCCGAGAAGGGAUGGAAAGAUUUCCUGAAAUUAAGUGCUGAUUUUCCGGAUGUCUUUGGAAUGGUUUUGCAGCACUUCAGAGAACAUUUAGAUGAGUGGAAGGGCUGGCAAGAUCUUGAGCAACCAGAAGAAAGUCCAAUGCCUGGUGGAUUUUCGGAGAAGUUGAACAACUUUCAGCAACUCAUGUUUUUCCGAUGCUUCCGCGUCGAUCGAGUCUACAGCGUUACAAACAAGUACAUCGCAUCGACAAUGGGCGAGGAAUUCAUUACGCCACCGGUGAUAAGCUUCGAUGCCAUUUUUCAGCAGUCCGCAACCAUGAUGCCAAUUGUGUUUAUUCUAUCACCGGGUUCAGACCCAACCGCUGAACUUAUGAAACUGGCUGAACGCUGUCGAAUGGCUGAUGGCAAGUUCAAACACAUUUCGCUUGGUCAAGGACAGGAGAAGCAGGCUUUCGAAAUGCUGGAAUCGGCUGUGAAUCGAGGCGAAUGGUUGAUGUUACAAAACGGUCACUUGUUGGUGAAAUUUAUGAAAGAUCUGGAAAUCUGGUUGGAGAAGACUGAGAAAGCCCAUCCAGACUUUCGGCUGUGGAUCACCACCGAUCCCACUCCGACAUUCCCGAUCGGAAUUUUGCAGCGAUCGUUAAAGAUCGUGUUGGAGCCACCGAACGGACUUAAAUUGAAUCUACGAUCGACAUUUUUCAAAUUGAGAGACCAGUCUUUGGAUGAUUGUGAACAUCCAAACUAUAGGCCGCUGGUGUACGCUUUGGCUUUCUUCCAUGCGGUGGUACAGGAACGACGGAAGUACGAUAAACAGGGCUGGAACAUUUUGUAUGACUUCAACGAAUCCGACUUCAAUGUUUGCCUAGAGAUUCUGCAAGUCUAUUUGAACAAAUCAUUUAAAUUGGGCACAGCAAACAUUCAAUGGAACAGUCUCAAGUACUUAAUUGGAGAGGUGAUGUACGGCGGUCGAGUUAUUGAUGGAUAUGAUCGUCGCAUCGUCAAUACGUACAUGGAUGAAUACAUGGGCGAUUUUAUAUUCGAUUCGUUUCAACCAUUCCACUUCUACAGAAACGAUACCGUCGACUAUGCGAUACCGUAUGAAGCGGCGACCAAAAAGGAUUUCAUUGCGGCAAUAGACGAACUACCGCUAGCAAAUUCACCGGAAGUUUUUGGAUUACAUCCAAAUGCAGAGAUUGGUUACUAUACAUUAGCCGUGCGGGAUAUGUGGUCUCAUUUGAUUCAGUUGCAACCGCAAACAGGAGCGGUGGAAGGUGGCAUAAGUCAUGACGAAUUUAUCGAUAAUGUUGCAUCGGAUAUUCUAAAUAAAGUUCCGAAAUUGUUCGAAGUGUGGCGCAUAAAGAAAGCUCUUCAAAUGAAUUUGACACCGACGGGAGUGGUGCUGCUGCAGGAAUUAGAUCGUUUCAAUUUGUUGCUGGAACGAUUGGAGAAAACGCUCGUGCUGUUGAGAAAGGCCAUAUCCGGCGAAAUUGGUAUGGAUCAGACAUUGGACAACAUCUCAAAUUCACUGUACUAUGGUCAACUUCCGAACGACUGGCGAAAACUGGCACCAGCCACAUGUAUGCAACUAGGUGCUUGGAUGAAUCAUUUGCUGCGCCGUAACAAGCAAUACAAAUUUUGGUCAGCUUCAGAGGAGCCCGUUGUCAUGUGGUUGUCGGGCUUACACGUUCCAGAAAGCUACAUUACAGCUCUCGUACAGACUGCCUGUCGCAAAAAUCUGUGGCCUCUCGAUCGGUCUACGUUGUACACUUCAGUGACAGCUUUCGAAAAUGAAAACGAUGUUCUCGAGCGACAAGAGACUGGAUGCUACGUGUGUGGACUUUAUCUGGAGGGAGCCAGAUGGUCGAUAGCCGACAACUGUCUCGCUCGUUCACAUCCCAAACGUUUGGUCGAGCCGUUGCCAAUUAUGUCAAUCAUUCCAAUCGAAGCUCAUCGAUUGCUGUUGCAGAAUACUUUCUGUGCUCCCGUGUACACAACGUCUCAGCGUCGGAAUGCAAUGGGUGUGGGAUUGGUGUUUGAGGCGGAUUUAAGAACCGAGAGUGAUAUCAGUCAUUGGGUGUUGCAAGGUGUCUGCGUGACACUGAAUGCUGAUUAAUGGUUCGUUUUCUCGCGAAUGUCGUUGGAUGUGAUAAAAGGAAUUAUUAAAAAUUGAGCCAAUAAAAAAUUCUUGGAACGGAGGUAA